GUGCACUUCAAAUUACUCCCCUUUCCUCCAGCUCACUGGUCUCAAUAUCGACCUCACCUCCAUUACCUUAGCCUGGUCAGCUCGAGGCGAGACAACUCUCCAACACUCUCAACACUCUCAACAUGUCCUCCAAUACAGACAACCAGAUGACAAGGUUUCUCUUCGCUAUCUUGAAACAGAAGAACCUCAAGGAUAUUGACUGGAAUGCCGUCGCUCAUGAUCCGAUACUAUCACAACCCAUCACCAACGGCCAUGCUGCUCGCAUGAGAUACUCCCGUUUCCGCUCGGCAAUGCUGGGCCUCGAGCCUCAAAAACGUAACAGAGCCACCGCAAACAAGAACAGGGUCACGAAGAACAAAAAGGAGCAAAAGCCACCGAAAAAGGAAGAGGAAGACGACGACGAGAAGAGGGUGAAGCCGGAACCAGGGACUCUUGAGGCUCUUCACCAAGCUGAGGCUCGUGCCAGGUCUCCUGUCAAGGUUAAGCAUGAGCAUAGCCAGCCUUCCUACCGACAGCAGUUCACACCAACAUCCAUGGCGUCUCCCACCGCCACGGAAUGCCAGCAGACCUUUCAGCCCAGGAUGCUCACGCCGUGUAGCGACGACAUGUUCUCCGCGCCUCACAACCUGCAGUUCAGCCCGUCAGCAAGCCUCAUGGGCGCUCACCCGACCUUCGAUCUUCCAUCGGCCAUGGCCUGCGCACACGAGCCAGAACAGCAGCACCACCACGAGCACGACCACAACUCCUGGGCACCGAGUCCAAUCUACUCGGCUUUUGACGCCGCCUACGAUAUCGACGGCUUCGGCGUCGGCUCCUUGUGCGAUCACCAGGCCGGUCAGGGGCAUACCGACGACAUGCACGGAUCUCCCGCGCUGGGGUCUCUCAUGCCUGAGCACAUGAACAUCAAGAACGAGCACUGGGACACCCAUUUCCACCCAUGAUAUUUUCGAACCUGAAAAACGGUUCAAGCGAAUACUGGUGGGUGUGAGAAUGGUAUUGAGGGAGAGGUCAUCUUAUACGUUUUGGGUCCGGGUUGGAAAAAAGAAAAUACCUCGGGCU